AUGCCCUGCUCUGUGGAAGACAUCUUGAAAAACUACGAGUAUGACCCCUCAAUAGUACAACGCAUCGCCACGCGCAAGGUCAAUCUUCCCCUGGCUAUCGAGCCCCCGAACCCCGAGUGGCCAGCGCAGUUCGAGAAAAUAAAAUCUCUCAUCGACGGCGCUCUCGGUCCGGUCGCUUUGUCCGUAAAUCAUGUCGGUUCAACCUCCGUGCCCAGACUCCCAGCCAAGGCCGUCAUCGAUAUCGACUUGGUUGUAGCGGAUCCCACGGACAAAGACGCAUACGCGCCCGCUCUGGAGCGGGUAGGGUUUCAAUUCAUCUUGCGCGAGCCAGAGUGGCAUGAGCACCGCUUUUUUGCCAUGUAUGAGCCGUACCAUUGCAACUUGCACGUGUUCAAGGAAGGCACGGCGGAGUUAGUGAGGCAUAUUAUCAUGAAGGAGUGGCUGAUUGCGAAUGAUGAUGAUAGGGAGCUGUAUGCAAGGACCAAGAUGGAAGCGGCGGAGAUGAGCAACUCGCUCGGGGAGGAGGUAAUGGACUACAAUCUUCGGAAAGAAAACGUUAUCCGGGAGAUUCUCCAGCGUGCCUUCAAGGCGAAGGGAUACCUGGAUCAUGAAUGA